AUGGAUAUCAAUAAAAACUUUACUGAUAGUGAUGGUGUGGAGAACGCGUCGGAGGGGCAGACUGCUCUCGAUUCUGAUGACAGUCUGCCGAUUAGUAGGAGGGCCCGAUCUGUCGGGAAACGGCCCCGACUGCACUUGGCCUCGUUGUCGCCAACAUCGGACGACGAGAGUCAUCUGCCGCUGACUGCGCUAGCACGCAAGCGCAGCAGCCAAAGAGAAGCGGCCUCGCGCGAGAAAGCGCUUGAGGCAGAAGUUUUGAAGGCGGAGGAAGGACGCCGAGCGAUAGGACUGGACGUCGGCGACGUCCGCAUUGUCGAGGCUCUAGGCGUACAAGUCGCGAAGGACGUCGACAUGAUACUCAAAGUGGCGACGAGAUCAUCGAACCUAAAGGGGACUUUCGUGAAGGCCUUGAAGGAUGCGGCCUUCUCGAUUAGCAUUGCGGUGGAGGCACUGAAAGAGCGUACCUCCUCAGACGAGGUCCGCAAACUCCAAGCGGAGAACACUCGGCUGAGGAGAGACGUUGAGGACCUAAAAUUACAAAUGGCGGAACUGGUCAAGGACCGGCCUUUGCGAGCUGUCUCUGGCCCAGCGCAGGAUGGCGAAACGGACAGAGAGGAACGGAUGCGAGCGUCCCUGCUCUCUUCAAUCGAGCAGAUGCUUGACACCCGUCUCGCAGGCAUCGAAGAAAGACUGCCGCUGGCGAAGACUGCUCGUCUACCGCUGGCAGCAGACACCACAGAGGGUACGCUGCAGCCGCCACCACCAGCGAAAAAGAAAAAGGUGGCGCGAAAGGCAAAAGCCACCACGGUCUCCACGGCCCCUGCGACGGCUGUCGACAAUACAACGGUAACCCGACCUCGUGAUGACAAAUGGGUCGCCGUUGUUAAAAACAAGAAGAAGGGUAAGGACAAACCUCCUGCGUCGGGUGCCGCUGCUGCGAAGUCACAGCAGCAGCGAAAGAAGAAAAAGAAGAAGGCGAAAUCCCGUCCUCCCAGGUUGGUGGCCCCCUGUAGGCCCGCAGUGCUCAUCACACUGGAGCCAGAAGCAGAGGAACAGGGGGUCACCUACAGCCACUUACUCCAGCGGGCUGCGGAAACGCUGAAUUUGGCUGACCUAGGGAUAAAUGAGGGGCUGAACAUGCGUACUGCCGCAACCGGAGCUAGGUUGUUGGAGCUGGCGAAAGGCCAGACUUCGGAAGCGGCACAGCGUCUGGCGCAGGAGCUCGACCGCGUCCUCGAAGGCACGGCAAGAGUCGUCCAGCCCAUGAAGCUCGCGAGUCUCCGAGUUUCUGGACUGGACGACUCCGUCACUAAACAAAUGGUGGCCGAGGCGGCAGCCAAGGCCAGCAAAUGCGACGUCGGCGCCAUUAAAACUGGCGAAAUAAGGACUGGACCAGGAGGGAUGGGCGCCUCAAUACUGAGGUGUCCGAUCCCUGCCGCGAAGGCUCUGGCGGAGGCCGGCAGACUACUUGUCGGCUGGAGCUCUGCCAGAGUCAAACUGCUGGAGCAGCGCCCGUUGCGCUGCUUCAAAUGUAUGGGCAUAGGGCACACCCGCCCAACAUGUCCCUUCGCGGUAGACCGGAGUGGUCUAUGCUACCGGUGCGGCAAGGAGGGGCAUAUUGCCAGAAACUGCACCAGGGCUCCGAGCUGUGCUGUCUGCACCAGCGCCGGAAAACCGGCGGUGCACAUAAUGGGAGGGCGGGUUUGUCGUCCCCCAAAGGUCCGGCGGAUGGCGGUGGGGCGUGCCCCCCCUCCAAAUAGUCGAAAAGCUGCGGAGGAGGCUGCGGCGAUGUCGUCGUAG